UGCCCGAGUAUAACACUUGACAUACAGAGUGGGCAGUAGUGUUCUUUUCCCCCCCCUCCUGCUGUGCUGUACUGUUGCAAGAAUUCCUUGAGCCGAGUGGUACCGCAGCACAGGGACAGAGACAACCCCCCUCUGGCCCUCUGGGGUCAACGUCUGUCCGACAUCGGCUCGACCUGUGGUUGGUGAUGUGUCUAGGUGAGAUCGAAAGCGCACCUUCCAGCCGAAAUGCACCCUUCUCAUCAUGUCGUGGGACAUCUUUGUCUGAAGAAGUACGAUCAAGCUGUCAACUUCUUAUUGCUUGAUGGUUCUAGCUGGUUGAUGCCAACAGCGAGCGUUCGUGAGGUUGACAGUGUGCGAUUCACGAUAGAUCGUAGAGGCUUGCAUUUAGGUAGCAAACUGUGAAGUUGUAAGCAGUUAUGCUGCGAUACGCUGAGAAUAGCCUCAGAAUGCAAUGUUCUACGACGACAAAGACGUUCCACUGCCAUCUCUCUUAACCACUUGUCUCGCAUCAGUACCAGAAAGUCUGACAAUUGAAGUCACGCCUGGCCCAUCCCAUAUGUCGACCUGCGAGCUCUGCGUUACAGCGUUCCGUGUGCUUCAGUGGGCUGUCUUGAUACAUGCAAAACCCAACCCCUCAAGCCCCAGGCUCCUGUUG